CGGCAAGGUUUUUUCCCAGAACCAGAGAGAGCUCUUCUCUCUCUCUCUCUCUCUCUCUCUCUCUCUCUCUCUCUCUAUAUAUAUAUAUAUAUAUCGACAUAUAUAUACAUAUCUGAGGUUUCUUGGGGUUCAAGGUGUUGAAGCUGUUGUGGACUUGAUGAGCUCGACUUCGAUUCCCGCCACUUUUCUCAAAGCAGAGGGUGUUGGGUUUUGGAGGUGAUGAUUAGAAGGAGAUGGCUGAGGUGAAAAUAGAAGAGCCUUGUCUUGAGAACAAACAAUCUGCUGCUGCGUCCAGCUCUUCUGUUUCGGAAGGUAGUGGCAGUGUUACACUCAAGUCACCAGAGAUUUGCAGCCCUACUGCUACAUCCCCGUCUCAUCGGAGGACCACAGGCCCUAUUAGGCGAGCAAAGGGGGGUUGGACUCCAGAGGAGGAUGAUACAUUGAAAAGAGCUGUUGCAGUUUUCAAGGGGAAAUGUUGGAAGAAAAUAGCUGAAUUCUUUCCUGAUAGAUCAGAAGUGCAAUGUCUACAUCGAUGGCAGAAGGUUCUCAAUCCUGAACUUGUUAAGGGGCCAUGGACACAGGAGGAGGAUGAUAAAAUCAUAGAAUUGGUAUCAAAAUAUGGGCCUACAAAGUGGUCUGUCAUUGCAAAGUCUUUACCAGGUCGUAUUGGGAAACAAUGUCGUGAAAGGUGGCACAAUCAUCUUAAUCCAGACAUAAAAAAGGAUGCUUGGAUGUUGGAGGAAGAAUUAGCCCUCAUGAAUGCCCACCGGAUACAUGGGAACAAAUGGGCUGAAAUAGCUAAGGUUCUACCUGGAAGGACUGAUAAUGCAAUCAAGAAUCAUUGGAAUAGUUCCUUAAAGAAGAAGUUAGAUUUCUACUUAGCUACUGGAAACCUCCCACCAGUUGCAAAAAAUGGUAUCCAAAAUGGUGUGAAAGACACAAGUAGAACUGCUUCAACUGGAAAAAUGCUUGUCUGUUCAAAUAAAGGGUCAGAUUCAACUGCCCAGACUUCAUCAGGAACUACGGAUGUUUGUAAAAUAGAAGAUGAUAGCAAAGAUCUGGAGUCCUCAACCCCAGUUCAAGAUAUGGUUGCUUCCUCAAGUGCUCCUGCAAAUAAAUCUGUUGAUUCUGAAGUUGUAAAAUGCAAUUCACUGUCAUCAGAUAUAAAUCUUAGGAGUAGUGAUUCAAAUAUAGUACAAAAGUUUGAGAGAUGUAGAACCAACGGUGAUAUUGAUCAAGACGAAGCGAUAGGAACAUCACUGCAAUUUGAAAUUCCAACAUACGGUUCAUUGUACUAUGAGCCACCACAAUUAGAAAGUUCUGUGCCCUCAGAUUCAGAUCUUUUGAAAAUGUCUUGGAUGAGAGAAUCAAAAUCUAGUCCGAUAACAUCACCUAUUAGUUUCUUCACUCCACCUUGUGUGAAGAGUGGUGGUUUAUGUCGGCAGAGUCCAGAAUCAAUAUUGAAAAUUGCUGCCAAGACUUUUCCCAAUACUCCUUCCAUAUUACGGAAGAGGAGGACAGAAGCUCAAACACCUAUGUCCUCAAAGAAAAUUGGGAAGGCUAGUGGGGAAGAAAUCCAAGUCGGGUCCCGUUCUUCAGAUGAGCAAGAACAAACUACAAAUCAUCUUGAGAAUUUAGGGUUGCGAGAUGAAAGUUUGAAUGUAAGUCCUGCUUGUCUUGGUAAUGGCACCACUGGGCUUUGCAAUGGCAAGGCUUUUAAUGCGUCUCCUCCUUAUCGAUUAAGAUCCCAACGAACAGCCAUUUCCAAGUCCGUGGAAAAGCAACUUGAGUUCGCAUUUGACAAAGCGCACCAAGAUGGUAAUAAUAAAUCUGUGGAUUCAAUUGAGGAAGGAAAUCCUCCUUUAAACAAAGAUUGUUCUCAUGCAUCAAAGAUGGGUGUGACCUAGAACAUAAAUUGAUCAAAGUUGGGGAUACUUCUGAAGUUGGUUGGGCAAGUUUUGUUGAGAAGCAGCUUAGUGUCCAAAUAGACUAUUCAAAAUCCACGAAUCGUGACCAAAAUCAUCCUUGAAUUGGUUAUCGUCAAGACAGAUCGUCCGCAAUACACAGAGGUCUUGUCAUCACACCAUAACACAUGAAAUUCGGCAGCAGAAGGUUCCUUGUCCAUCUGUGUGUAUUUGAAGAAUAUGGACUAAUGAGUUCCAUUUGAUUUGUGAAAGAGAAUAUCCGAACCAUUAUGUAUAUGUACAUAAACCUCCCCCUAGCAGGGAAGAAGGGCUUGAGCCUCAAGAAAACAUCUUGAUUGAAAGUUCAUGAUCAUAACUGGAAUUAUUUGCAUAUUCAACAAACUUGGGAGGUUUUACUGCA